GGAAUCGCGCAUAAUCGAUCGGCGCGUUAAGCACCAGUGAUUUCUCCCGGCGCGUUUCCGGCCGUCGCUCGCCAGCCCCCCUGCGACCGCCUUCGGGAGUAGCCGUUACCCCAGAGAGCUCAGCUGGUGCUGCGGCGGACGGACUCACUGACGGACGGACUGACAAGCAGGGCUUUUCCCACUCCCUGGAAGGCGGGCGGCCAUGUUUGCUGGACGGCUUCUGGGUUAACUUUAGGGAGGGGGAGCGUACAGGAACUGGGAGUCUCUUCGCCUUUUGUUGUGCUCGACACCAUUCCCGACUCGCCAGCAUUUCGCUGGUCCCCCCCCAACCCAAAUUACCGACAUUACUAUUUUGUUCACCCUCCCGUCCCCCCUUUUUACUCACCAUUUUCACGCUUUUUAGUGUUUUUUUUACAUUUCUUUGCUGGGGGUGCUUGACUGCUGGAGCCCGGACAAGCAGCCCGCUGCCUGGCGCGCUGGAUGUAAGACCGGAGAUGGCAAAGACCGUGAUUUCAACUUCGGAAUAGCAGCUGCGCCCGCACAAAUUCACUGCUCGGCCCGCCGAAAGUGCCGCUCCGUGCGGACUGGGGUCGGGGGGCGGAGGAAAGGCGUAUGUGACGGAGCGGGACAGGGGGCAUCGCAGGCGCUCCAGCGGACGUGAAGAUGGGUUGCAUCAAGAGCAAAGAGGACAAGGGGACCUCGAUGAAGUACCGGUCUGAGAACACGACGGACUCGGUCAGUGCACAUGUGGUCCAUUAUGGGCCGGAACCCACACAGCUGGACCCAGCCCCUGCCGGAGGCUACAACAGCCACUCGGUGACACCCUUUGGCGGCUUGUCAGUCAUGGCUCCCUUUGGGGGCGCGUCGUCGUCCUUCUCCAGUGCAGUGGUCAACACGUUCCCGGGCUCUGUCUCAGGAGGGGUCACGUUUUUUGUGGCCCUGUACGACUAUGAAGCCCGGACCUCUGACGACCUCUCGUUCAAGAAGGGGGAUCGCUUCCAGGUCAUUAAUAACACGGAAGGAGACUGGUGGGAAGCGCGAUCCAUCAACACCGGGAAGAAGGGAUACAUUCCCAGUAACUAUGUGGCCCCUGCUGACUCUAUCCAGGCUGAAGAAUGGUAUUUCGGCAAGAUGGGCCGGAAGGAUGCAGAGAGGCUGCUCCUGCACCCGGGUAACCACCGGGGCACCUUUCUGGUCCGGGAGAGCGAGACCACUAAAGGCGCCUACUCUCUUUCCAUCCGGGACUGGGACGACGCCAAGGGCGACAACGUGAAACACUACAAGAUCCGUAAACUCGACAACGGCGGCUACUACAUCACCACCAGAGCACAGUUCGAGACCCUGCAGAAGCUUGUCAAACACUACACAGAGCACGCCGACGGGCUGUGCUACCGGCUGACGGCCGUGUGCCCCACGGUGAAGCCGCAGACGCAGGGCCUUGCCAAGGACGCCUGGGAGAUCCCGCGCGAGUCGCUGCGGCUGGAAGUGAAGCUGGGCCAGGGCUGCUUCGGAGAGGUCUGGAUGGGUAAGGAGUCCCCUUACGGGGAGGUCUGGAUGGGUAAGGAGUCCCCUUACGGGGAGGUCUGGAUGGGUAAGGAGUCCCCUUACGGGGAGGUCUGGAUGGGUAAGGAGUCCCCUUACGGGGAGGUCUGGAUGGGUAAGGAGUCCCCUUACGGAGAGGUCUGGAUGGGUAAGGAGUCCCCUUACGGAGAGGUCUGGAUGGGUAAGGAGUCCCCUUACGGAGAGGUCUGGAUGGGUAAGGAGUCCCCUUACGGAGAGGUCCGGAUGGGUAAGGAGUCCCCUUACGGAGAGGUCCGGAUGGGUAAGGAGUCCCCUUACGGAGAGGUCUGGAUGGGUAAGGAGUCCCCUUACGGGGAGGUCUGGAUGGGUAAGGAGUCCCCUUACGGGGAGGUCUGGAUGGGUAAGGAGUCCCCUUACGGAGAGGUCUGGAUGGGUAAGGAGUCCCCUUACGGAGAGGUCUGGAUGGGCACCUGGAACGGCACCACCAAGGUGGCUAUCAAGACACUGAAACCAGGCACCAUGUCGCCCGAGGCCUUCCUACAGGAGGCCCAGAUCAUGAAGAAGCUGCGGCAUGACAAGCUGGUGCCCCUCUAUGCUGUGGUGUCUGAGGAGCCCAUCUACAUAGUCACUGAAUACAUGGCCAAAGGGAGCCUGCUAGACUUCUUGAAGGAGGGAGAUGGCCGCUUCCUGAAGCUCCCCCAGCUCGUGGACAUGGCAGCCCAGAUCGCGGACGGGAUGGCGUUCAUCGAAAGGAUGAACUACAUCCACCGCGACCUACGGGCUGCCAAUAUCCUUGUCGGGGAUAACCUGGUGUGCAAGAUCGCUGACUUUGGCCUGGCCAGGCUCAUCGAAGAUAACGAAUACACAGCCAGACAAGGGGCAAAGUUUCCCAUCAAGUGGACAGCGCCCGAGGCGGCGCUGUAUGGCCGCUUCACCAUCAAGUCGGACGUCUGGUCCUUCGGCAUCCUGCUGACAGAGCUGGUGACCAAGGGCAGAGUGCCUUAUCCAGGCAUGGUGAACCGUGAGGUGCUGGAGCAGGUGGAGAGGGGCUACCGCAUGCCCUGCCCCCAGGGGUGCCCCGAGUCGCUCCACGAGAUGAUGAAGCAAACCUGGAAGAAGGACCCAGAUGAGCGGCCCACCUUUGAGUACAUCCAGUCGUUUCUGGAGGACUACUUCACCGCCACGGAGCCGCAGUACCAGCCCGGGGACAACCUGUAGAGGCGUGGGAGUGGUGCAUUCUGGGAGACGUGGUCCGCUGGGAGGCCAGCUAGAAGCCUGCUGGGGCUGUAAAAACCACUCAUUUCAUUGUUUUCAUUUCGCACUCUCCCAGCCCCCGUCCCGUUUCAAUGUAAUUUUUCAAUCACUUUGUUUUCAUUUACAACACUAAUCCUGGACACAUCAGACACUUAUUUCAGGUACCACUGGUCAUUUUAUGGACAAUCCCAUCUCCCUGCCCCCCCCCUGUUUAUUUUUGUGUUUUUGAAUCAACUGUACUUUUUUUUUUAAGGUGACCAAGUAUUUAGUGUGAUUGUCCAGUUCUGUAAAAUCGCGAACGUCGCAUCGUACUGUGAAACCGAUCGAGUCUGCGAGGGUGUCUGGAACGAUGAACCGGGGUUGUUUGAUCAUCUGACAUCUUUAUCGUCGUGAAUGGAUAUGAAUGAGAGAAACAGCCAGCACAGCUGGAAGAGAGAUUUUUUAUCCCUUAUAGAUGUGUAGAAAACUUCCAUAGCGGAGCUUCGUAGGCUAACUAAUUUUAAUUUUCUUGUGUGUGAAUGAAUUAACUUGAAGCGUUCUUGCAAUUCCCACCCCCUUGUAAAUCUCCUCACCAUUUCUUUAAACAGGUCCAUGGGAGCAUUUCUAUUUCACUGCAAAAGCAUAACAUUCAGGGCAAAUAUCAUUUUUACGUGGCUGUCGAUUUGAGGUGAUGUGAUUCCUCAGUUUGAAUGUCGGGGGUGGAUAUGAGGCUGUUUUUCGACGCUAGGGGGCAGUGUACCCGUUCAGCGUCCGCGGCGCUCUAGGCGAGCCGGGGACUCUUUUGGCCUUGCUUCUCUCGCCUCAGGAGAUCCGUUUUUACUCUUACUAAAUCACAGGGGCGGAAAUUUCUGUACUGCAAGCCUUUAGUCAAAGGGAGUAAGGGCCCGGCCUAACUCGCACAGCUAGCCAAAGUACUGUCUAAUUAUUUUCAUUGAUCAUUGUUUUUUUUUUUUUUUUUUAAUUUGCCGGUGUUUCUCCCGCAUCCUAUUUCAUUGCCAGGAAAAGAGCUUUAUUUGCAGAAACAAUUGUUAAUGUUUUUAAGGAGGGCAAUUAGUUUACAAGUCUGUCUAUGUUAUUAAAGAUAACAGGUGCACCUGAAGAAAUUCAGAGACGCUUUUAUCGACGGAUGGCCUCACCGCUCGUUUUCGACUGGAGUUGGCUGCCAGGAAAGCCCACAUGAACACUACAAGAUUGAAAUACUUUAUUUUUCUGAUGUUUUCACUUAUGCGAUCGUAUUGUGGAGCCGCCGGGACCAUCUUUGAGAGAGUACUGUGACACUGUGACACCAUCAGCUUGCGAAGCGUACUCUAGCCUUGAAUGUCACCUGUGCAUUUCAGAGUCUACUUCGUCACUGUGCACGUGCACAAAGAAGUGAGGUUUCCUCCUCUGCCGAAACCUUUUCCAUACGCUGUGUGUUCGGAUCAUGCCGCCCUAUCCCCUCCUUUAGCCAUGGUAAGGAUUUACAAGGGCUUUGUACAGAGUUGUGAAAACUUUUAUUUUCUUUUUUUAAAGAGAAGUUUUAAACGAAGAGGGCACAAAAACUGAUUUUAAUUACCGGUGACGUGUAAAUCGUGAAAGAAAAAAGUUCGGUUACUAACCUGACAUAUGUACAGUGGAAAAAUAAAACAUUUCAUGCUUUUA